CGACGCGUCUAUAUUUACGCAAUCUAACCCAACACAAAAUAAUAAACAAACCUUCAUUGUGGUUAUUCAUGUGCUGGAUAAAACACGCGGCGCUACAAGGAAUCGAUUACGCGCGUGAAUCGUCGAAUCGACUCGCGGGGUGAGAGGUGAAGGGUCAGAGGGAUAACACGUGGGAGGACACGGAGCCACCAACACCACCACCACCACCGGCACUUAGCAGCAGCAGCAGGCAAAGUCUUUGAGGAUCUCGGUGCUGGACUCAGGUGCCAUAGAAGCAGACCAUGGUGUUCUUCACCUGCGAUGCGUGUGGGGAGUCUGUGAAGAAGGCCCAGGUAGAGAAGCACUUGAACGUAUGCCGUAACUGCCAGUGCCUGUCCUGCAUCGAUUGUGGCAUGGACUUUCGGGGUCAGGACUACAAAACACACCUGCGGUGCAUCAGCGAGAACGAGAAGUAUGGUGGCAAGGGAUUUGAGGCAAAGGCCAGCAAAGGAGAUGUCAAGCAGCAGCUGUGGUUACAGAAAGUACAAGAUGCAAUCAAUGCCCCAGGCAUCAGCCCCCAGGUCCGUGAUAUCAUGAACUCAAUUGUUGGCUAUGACAAUGUCCCAAGGAAGAAGCCAAAGUUCCAGAACUGGAUGAAAAACAGCCUACGUGUUCACAAGCAGGAGCUGCUGGACAGGGUGUGGGAGGUCUUCUCCUCGGCACAUGCGAACCAAGGUAACCCCAACCACCAGCAGCAGGACAAGGUGGAGAAUGAGGAGACUCCACAAAGCAAUGUGGUGCCCACGAAUGGGGAGACUUUGCUGGAUGAUGAAAACACAAAGCAGGAACCCGUGGAACGGAAAAAGAGUAAACAAGAGAGGAAGGAGGAGCGUCAAAAGAAAAACAGAGUCGAGAAAAAGGAUAAGAGGGCUCAGAACACCGAUGACUCGGAGCAAAAUGAAGAGAGCAAGAAGAGGAAAAAUAAAAACAAGAAAGGACAGGCGACUGAAGAAGAGGGUGAGGCGGCGGAGGAGGGCAAUGGGGAGGUGCAGAAGAAUGGAGAGACCGGAGGGAAAAAGAAACGCAAGCGGAAGGGGGAGGAGGCCGAGCAGGUGACUCGUGAGAAGGAGAAUAGCGAAGAGCCGAGCAAAGCUAAAAAGGUCAAACGCAAUGGAGAUGAGCAAGAAAAGAAGAAGAGUAAGAUAGCUGAUGAGACUAAGAAAGACGAAUGCGAAAAUGGCCCACAGAAAGCAAGUAAAUUUAACUGGAAAGGAACAAUCACGGCUGUACUGCGUGUGGCUGAGAACAAGGAGAUGUCGGUUAAAAAGCUGAGGAAGAAGGUAUUGGGCCAGUAUUUGGCUAUGGACGUCGGUGGGAAGCCACACACUGAAGAGGAACUCUUGGCCUUGUUCAAUAAGAAGAUUCAAAGUAAUCCAAAGUUCAGAGUUCUCAAGGACAAGGUCGUUCGGCUUGUCGACUAGAACAAGGAAUCGUCCAGCCAGGAACUCUUUGCAGAAUCGGUAAUUGAACUGCUUUGUAUCAGAGCAGAGAAGGAAAUUCAAUUUGUUUUUUUUAUGUUGCGAUAUGUUUUGAUAUACCUGGGUCUAAUGUCAUCGUGAUUAUAAGUGGUUAUGUUGUACACUUUUUAUUGAUGCACUGCAACACAUUUCAAAAGCUUCUAGGAUUACGCCUUGUUGGAAUUCUAAGGAACAAGCUGUUUCGAUUUAAAGCUUUCGUGACUGCAGGGAUUCAUAUUCUUGGUUCUUUCGGUAAAGUUACGUAGAAGGGCAAUAAUGAAGUAAAACAAUAAAAUUCUCACUGCAUUUCGAUUGCAACACAAGCAAUCGUCAUCAGAUGAGAAUUCUAUUGUUUAUUUGUAUUAUUUUAUUAUUUCCCUUCUACGCGACUUUACCGAAAGAACCAAGAAUAUGAACAAGCUGUUCUUGUGAAAAACGUUGGGAACAGAUGACGAGUCGGUGGUUGAGAUUUUGGCACCUGUAUUGAAACACGACCCUUGCAUUUUUUAAGAGUGCUGUGUACCAAAUCAAACCUGGUUACAUGCUGUACUUGUAAAUGCUGUACAUUUAAAUUUUGGAUGAAAUUGCGUGGGUGACCUUUUUACCUGUAGUAGCGUUACAUGUAUUAUGUUGUCUUAUAUCAAAAACAUGAUGCAGAAUUCCAUUUUUAUACGGCUAUUGUACAAACUGAUAAUGGUUUGGAAUGGAUAUUUUAAGGCUCGUCAAUAAAAACGGAUAUGCUAACCACAAACUGCAA